AGACAAACUGGAAGCAGGGCUAGGCUACGCAGUCACAGUCAGUCAGUUAGGGCAACAUCGCGGAUCCCUCGGUCUAGGAAGAAAAACGAUUGUUUUUGUAUAAAGUAUCUUAAUUAUUAACUCUUCUUUUCGGUACACACGUUCAAAAAAAUAUCACAAUGGCAGCUACAGGUGCCCCAUUUAAGUCCCUGUUUGAGAACAAGGCGCUUAGCAAGCCCAAGAAGGAUGACAAGCGCCUGUCAGUGGAGCGCAUCUACCAAAAGAAGACUCAGUUGGAGCAUAUUCUGCUCCGACCAGACACCUACAUCGGCUCUGUGGAACCCCUCACUCAGCAAAUGUGGGUGUAUGACGAGCUGGAUGGCAUGAACUGCAGAGAUGUAACCUUCGUCCCUGGUCUCUACAAGAUCUUUGAUGAGAUCCUGGUAAAUGCUGCUGACAACAAGCAGAGAGACAAGAACAUGAACUGCAUCAAGAUCAACAUUGACCGGGAGAACAACUCCAUCAGCGUCUGGAACAACGGGAAGGGCAUCCCUGUGGUGGAGCACAAGGUGGAGAAGGUCUACGUGCCCGCCCUCAUCUUCGGACAGCUGCUCACCUCCAGUAACUACGAUGACGACCAGAAGAAGGUCACAGGUGGGCGUAAUGGAUUCGGAGCAAAGCUCUGCAACAUCUUCAGCACCAAGUUCACCGUGGAGACCGCCUGCAGGGAGUCGAAGCAAUCCUUCAAGCAGACCUGGUACGAUAACAUGGGUCGUGCAGGUGAGAAUCGGAUCAAGCCGUUUGACGGUGAGGACUUCACCUGCAUCACGUUCCAUCCGGACCUGUCCAAGUUCAAGAUGCAGGCUCUGGACCGCGACACCGUGGCCAUCAUGACCCGCCGAGCCUACGACAUCGCUGGAGUCACCAAGGGCGUCAAGGUCUUCCUGAACGGCAAGAGGCUCCCGGUGUCUGGGUUCCGCAGCUACGUGGACCUGUAUUUGAAGGACCGUACGGAUGAGACGGGCUCUCCCCUCACCGUGGUGCACGAGCAGGUGAAUGAUCGCUGGGAGGUCUGCCUCACCAUGAGCGAGAAGGGAUUCCAGCAAGUCAGCUUCGUCAACAGCAUCGCCACCACCAAGGGGGGGCGGCACACAGACUACGUAGCCGACCAGGUUGUGUCCAAACUGAUCGAUGUGGUGAAGAAGAAGAACAAGGCUGGAGUCACCGUCAAGCCCUUCCAGGUGAAGAACCACAUCUGGCUGUUUGUGAACUGUCUGAUUGAGAACCCGAGCUUCGACUCGCAGACCAAAGAGAACAUGACUCUGCAGCAGAAGAGCUUCGGCUCCACCUGCCCCCUCAGCGCUCAGUUCAUCAAAGCGGCGACUAACUGUGGUGUGGUGGAGAGUGUGAUGAACUGGGUGCGCUUUAAGGCUCAGAGCCAGCUGAAUAAGAAAUGCUCAGCCGUUAAGCACACCAAGAUCAAGGGCGUGCCCAAACUGGACGAUGCCAACGACGCAGGCGGUAAGAACUCCAUCGGCUGCACCCUGAUCCUGACGGAGGGGGACUCGGCCAAGACUUUGGCCGUGUCAGGGCUGGGGGUGGUGGGCCGAGACCGCUACGGAGUCUUCCCUCUCAAGGGAAAGGUGCUCAAUGUGAGGGAGGCCUCACACAAACAGAUCAUGGAGAAUGCUGAGAUCAACAACAUCAUUAAGAUCAUGGGUCUGCAGUACAAGAAGAACUACUCUGACCCCGAGUCUCUCAAGAGCCUUCGCUACGGCAAGCUCAUGAUCAUGACAGAUCAGGAUCAGGACGGAUCUCACAUCAAAGGUCUCCUGAUUAACUUCAUCCACACCAACUGGCCCUCCCUGCUGCAUCACAACUUCCUGGAGGAGUUCAUCACGCCCAUCAUCAAGGUGACCAAUAAGAAGCAAGAGCUGUGCUUCUACAGCAUCCCUGAGUAUGACGAGUGGAAAGCCGAACAGGGCAACUCGAAAGCCUGGAAGAUCAAAUACUACAAAGGUUUGGGUACCAGCACGGCUAAAGAGGCCAAGGAGUAUUUCUGCGACAUGGCUCGCCAUCGCAUCCCCUUUAAAUACUCCGGCCCUCAGGACGAUGAAGCCAUCACCCUAGCCUUUAGCAAGAAGAAGUGUGACGAGCGCAAGGAGUGGCUCACCAGCUUCAUGGUCAACAGACGCCAGCGCAGGGAACACAACCUGCCAGAGGAUUACCUGUAUGGCCAGAACACCAAGUCCCUCUCCUACCACGACUUUAUCAACAAGGAGCUGGUGCUCUUCUCCAACUCAGACAACGAGCGCUCUCUCCCCUGCAUGGUGGACGGCCUGAAGCCAGGUCAGAGGAAGGUGUUAUACGUCUGCUUCAAGAGGAAUGACAAGAGGGAGGUGAAGGUGGCCCAGCUGGCCGGCUCUGUGUCCGAGAUGUCAGCCUACCACCACGGCGAGAUUUCCCUGAUGAUGACCAUUGUGGGUUUGGCCCAGAACUUUGUGGGCAGCAACAACCUGAACCUGCUGCAGCCAUUGGGCCAGUUUGGUACUCGCCUGCACGGGGGCAAAGACUCGGCCAGCCCCAGAUACAUCUUCACCAUGCUCAGCCCGUUGGCUCGCCUGCUGUUCCCGGCGGUGGACGACAACCUCCUGAAGUACAACUACGACGACAACCAGCGCGUGGAGCCGGAGUGGUACAUCCCCAUCCUGCCCAUGGUGCUGGUCAACGGCUCCGAGGGCAUCGGCACCGGCUGGGCCACCAAGAUCCCCAACUUCGACGUCCGCGAGAUCGUCAACAACCUCCAUCGCAUGCUCAACGGGGAGGAGCCUCUGCCCAUGAUCCCCAACUAUAAGGGCUUCAAGGGCACCAUCAUGGAGGUGAUGAAUAACCAGUGCCUGAACAGCGGAGAGAUCGCCAUCAUCGACGACAACACCAUCGAGAUCUCAGAACUGCCCGUCAAGACAUGGACCCAGACGUACAAGGAAAACGUGUUGGAGCCCAUGCUGAACGGCACUGAGAAGAUCCCGGCGCUCAUCACGGACUAUAAAGAGUACCACACGGACACCACGGUGCGCUUUGUGGUCAAGAUGAGCGAGGAGAAGCUGAGGGAGGCAGAGGUGGCCGGCCUGCACAAAGUCUUCAAGCUCCAGAACCCAAUCACCUUCACAAACACCAUGGUACUGUUUGACCAUGUGGGCAGCCUGAAGAAGUACGAAACCACGCAGGAGAUCCUUCGUGACUUCUUCGAGCUGCGUAUGCGCUACUACGUCCUCCGCAAGGACUGGCUGCUCGGCAUGCUGGGAGCCGAGAGCUCCAAGCUGUCCAACCAGGCGCGCUUCAUCCUCGAGAAGAUCCAGGGCACUCUCGUCAUCGAGAACAAGCCAAAGAAGGAGCUGAUCCGCAUGCUGCAGGAGAUGGGCUACGACUCAGACCCAGUCAAGGCCUGGAAGCAAGCUCAGGAGAAGGAGGAGGAAGAGGAUGGUGAGGAGGGCGAGGAGAAGGAGGAAGAGGCCGCGGGGCCGGACUACAACUACCUACUGAGCAUGCCCAUGUGGUACCUCACCAAGGAGAAGAAGGACGAGCUCUGCAAGCAGCGCGACGCCAAGAUGACAGAGUUGAACACUCUGAAGAGGAAGCAGCCCGCUGAUCUGUGGAAGGAGGACUUGGCUGCCUUCACCGAGGAACUGGAGCGUGUGGAGGAGCAGGAGCGUGCCGCAGCUGUGGUUGGCGCGGUGGCAGUGAAGGGUAAAGGAGGCCGCGCUAAGGUGGUGAAGGUGAAGGAGGAGACCAUGCCCACGCCGCAGGGCAGACGCGUCGUGCCACGCAUCACCAGCGCCAUGAAGGAGGUCGCCACCAAGAAGACCACCGCCGGAAAAAAGAAGACCAAGAGUCAGAGUGAGGAUGGCGUGGUGAUGAAGAUGGAGUUUGAGGAUGGUGGUGCCGCUGGUGACCAGGGAGACGGGGAGCCUCAGGGGCUGGCAGCUCGCCUCAACAAGAAACCCAAGAAGGAGCCCAAGGAGAAAGCUGGAAGUAAAUCGCUGGGCAAGCAGACGACGCUGCAGUUCCGUUCGGUGGAUAAGAAGGUGAAGAAGAAGAACCCCUGGUCUGAUGACGAUGAGGAGGAGGAGGAGGGGGAGGAAAAACGGUCCUCAGCAGGCUCCUCUGCCGAGCCCAGCCCUGACGUCGCACCCAGGGAGAAGACACAGAGGGCUACCAAGGCUGCCCCUGCCAAGUUUGUCUUCUCCAGUGAUGAAGAGGAGGAUGAUGAUGAUGACUUUGCCCCUGUGGCCUCUAACAAGAGCAGCAAGGCCAAGACAGUAGUAAUGAGUGACGAAGAUGACGAUGAUGAUGUCAUGCCCAAGCCCACUGCGGACGAUGACAGUGAGAUGGACAGCCCUCUGCCUCCUCCCAAAAAGAAGCUGCUACCCAAACCUGCAGCUCCAAAGGCGGAGGCCCCGAGUAAACCUGCUGUCAAGUCCACUGCAGCGGAGCCGUCAGCCAAAGCGGCACCCAAGGUCAAGGAGGCAGCACCCAAAAAACCUGCAGCAGCCAAGAAGACCACUGCUGCCCCCAAGAAAAAGGCUACAGACGUGAAGCAGCCUUCCAUCUUGGACGCCCUCUCCAAACCAAAGCCCGCCUCCAAAGCCAGCAAGAAGGCCGCGCCCUCCACCUCCAGCGACUCAGAGCCUGCUGAGAAGGCAGCAGCUAGUCGUAAGAGGAAGCCAGCACUGGACUCUGGCUCUGACUCAGACAGCGACUCUGGCGACCUCAUGGCCCGCAUCAAGGGCAAGAUGGGUGGUGGUUCAAAGAAAAACAAGUGGGAGGACGAUGACAGUUUUGCGGUCCCUGAUAAGGAGAUGGAUUCCCCGGUGGUGCAGAGGAGUAAGCCUAGCCGUGCUGCCAAGCCCACCUCAUACAAGUUGGACUCAGAGUCUGACUCUGACUUUGACUUCUAAUGUUAUUCCACGGUGAUAUUCCACUGCAUUUUUUCAACUCCAUUUUUUCACCUUUCUGUUUUCCCCGUUUGUGUGUUUUACUGUAAAUAUUUCCUGUUUUAUACAUGUUCUGUCUGUUUUUUUUAUAUAAGACUUUGUAAUAAAUAAAACCCAUUUUAUUUGACUUGA